AUGAGGCUCCCUAGGGGGCCUCUUGCGUCCCUCCUGUUCGUCGCCGUUUGCUGGCCACGGUGCGCGGCCUCCGAGCCGUGCCGGGCGGGCUUCGGGGAGGCUGAAGUGACCUUGGAGGCGGGAGGCGCAGAGCUGGGGCCAGGCCAGGCACGGGGAAAAGUUUUCACAGGCUGCCCUGGGCAAGAGUUAGCCCUCCUUAGCACUGAUGACAACGACUUUGCUGUGCUGAAUGAUGGAACAGUCCGGGUGAAACACCAUGUCCACCUGCAGGAUGGGAGAAGGACGUUCUCUGAGGAGAAGGCAUUGAAGAGCUUCCCAUCCAAACGUAUCUUACGAAGACGCAAGAGGGAAUGGGUGGCCCCGCCAAUUUAUGUCCCUGAGAAUGGCAAGGGUCCCUUCCCCCAGAGGCUAUAUCAGCUCAAAUCUAAUAAUGACAGAGGUACCAAGAUUUUCUACAGUAUCACAGGGCCUGGGGCUGAUAGCCCCCCCGAGGGUGUCUUUACCAUAGAGAAGGAGAACGGCUGGAUGUUGUUGAAUAAGCCACUGGACCGAGAGAUGAUCGCCAAGUAUGAGCUUUUUGGCCACGCUGUGUCUGAGAAUGGUGCCUCAGUGGAGGAGCCCAUGAACAUCUCCAUCAUUGUGACUGACCAGAAUGACCAUAAGCCAAAGUUCACCCAGGGUGUCUUUAGAGGGAGCGUCUUAGAGGGAGUACUCCCAGGUACUUCUGUGAUGCAGGUGACAGCCACAGAUGAGGAUGAUGCCAUCAGCACCUACAAUGGGGUGGUAGCUUAUUCCAUCCAUAGCCAAGAGCCAAAGGACCCACAUGAACUCAUGUUCACCAUCCACCGGAGCACAGGCACCAUCAGUGUCAUCUCCAGCGGCCUGGACCGGGAGAAAGUACCUGAGUACACACUGACUAUUCAGGCCACAGACAUGAAUGGAGACGGCUCCACCACCACGGCAGUGGCCAUAGUAGAAAUCCUUGAUGCCAACGAUAAUGCUCCCACGUUUGACCCCCAGAAGUACGAGGCCUGGGUGCCUGAGAACGCGGUGGGUCACGAGGUGCAGAGGCUGACAGUGACCGAUCUGGACUUCCCCAAGUCACCGGCAUGGCGUGCUACCUACCGAAUUGUGGGAGGUGAUGACGGGGACUAUUUUAACAUCACCACCGAUCCCGAGAGCAACCAGGGUAUCCUGAUGACCAGGAAGGGCUUGGAUUUUGAGGCCAAAAACCAGCACACCCUGUAUGUUGAAGUGACCAAUGAGAAUCCCUUUGUGGUGAAGCUCUCGACUUCCACAGCCACCGUAGUGGUCCAUGUGAAGGAUGUGAAUGAACCACCCAUGUUCGUCCCACCCUCCAAAGUUGCUAAAGUCCAGGAGGGCAUCCUCGCUGGGGAGCCUGUCUGCACCUACACUGCUCAAGACCCUGACAAGGAGAAUCAGAAGAUCAGCUACCACAUCCUGAGAGACCCAGCAGGGUGGCUGGCAAUGGACUCAGAGAGUGGGCAGAUCACUGCUAUGGGCGUCUUGGACCGCGAGGAUGAGCAGUUUGUGAAGAACAACAGCUAUGAAGUCAUAGUCUUGGCCACAGAUGAUGGGAGUCCUCCUACCACUGGCACAGGAACACUCCUGCUAACACUUAUCGACAUCAACGACCAUGGCCCAGUCCCUGAGCCCGGUCAGAUCACCAUCUGCAACCAAGACCCUGUGCCCCAAGUGCUGAACAUCACAGACAAGGACCUGUUCCCCCACACCUCCCCUUUCCAGGCCCAGCUCAUCCGCGACUCAGACAUGCACUGGAUGGCAGAGAUCAACGAGAAAGGAGACACAGUGGCCUUGUCCCUGAAGAAGUUCCUAAAGCAAGACACAUAUGACGUGCACCUUUCUCUGUCUGACCACGGCAACAAGGAACAGCUGACGGUGAUCAGGGCCACCGUGUGUGACUGCCAUGGCCAUGUGGAGACCUGCCCCGAACACUGGAAAGGGGGUUUCGUUCUCCCUAUCCUAGGGGCUGUCCUGGCUCUGCUACUCCUCCUGUUGGUGCUCCUCUUGUUGGUGAGAAAGAGGCGGAAGGGCAAGGAUCCUCUCCUGCUCCCAGAAGACGACACCCGGGACAACGUCUUCUACUAUGGUGAAGAAGGGGGUGGCGAAGAAGACCAGGACUAUGACAUCACCCAACUCCACCGGGGUCUGGAGGCCCGGCCUGAGGUGGUUCUUCGCAAUGAUGUGGCACCAACCUUCAUCCCCACACCCAUGUACCGUCCACGUCCAGCCAACCCAGAUGAAAUCGGCAACUUCAUCAUCGAGAACCUGAAGGCGGCUAAUGGCGACCCCACGGCUCCACCCUAUGACUCCCUGUUGGUGUUCGACUACGAGGGUGGUGGCUCUGAUGCGGCCUCCCUGAGCUCCCUCACCUCCUCAUCCUCUGACCAGGACCAAGAUUACGAUUAUCUGAGUGAGUGGGGCAGCCGCUUCAAGAAGCUGGCAGACAUGUACGGUGGUGGCGAGGACAACUAGGCCACCCUGCCAGCAGGGCCAGGAACUAAACCUCAGGCCACAGUACCCUCCUCCAAGGGGUCCCAGGUCCCCCCUUCAGCCAAGGACUUUGGAGCUUGUCAAGAAGUGGCCUUAGCAACUUAAGAGAGUCCGUGAGUCUGACUGUAAAGAAUUAGCAUCUAAGCCUUUCAGAAUGGAGGGAUGUGGGCAGAUUGACUUUAACACUGAAAACCUCUCAGCCUAGGUCAGGGUUGCCUUGGAGGCUGAAUUUCUGGAAGUUUCUCACCUGCUAUAAAAUGCUCCGCCCUGUGU